UAAAUAUGGCCUUAUUUGACAUUUUUUUCCAAGUUCGAGGCCCUAUCUGACCCUUAUCCCAAAUUUUAUUAAUAAACAGCAAUAAAGAGUACAAGUAGGAAAAAGAAAAAAUGACAAAGGAAAAUUAACAAAACACCCAACCCUCGAAUCACUUCACUUUCACUUAUUUUCUUGCUAGUAAUUUAAGAUAACUUUACUAGGGAAAAUGGCAAAUAUAUUAUGUGUGAUUUUGGAAUGGGAAAAAUAAUUUCAAUAUUCCAAACCAUGAAAGGUGUGAGUGCCCUCCGUUGCUAACCCCGUUUACUUCUCUCCCGCUAGAAAAGAGCGAGGGAUGUUAUCCCCAUUUCAUUUCUCAGCAAUUCAGAAUCGACCUAGGGUUGUGAGGGGAGACUCUUCCCCGAGUCGCUCAGCGGCCAGUAUCGAGCUUUCUCCCAUAGCCAUCUAUCGCCUCUCAAUUAGCAACCUGGUAAGUUUAGCUAACAUUUCUUCUUCUCUUUUUGUUUUCUUUGCUUUGUAUUUGGUUUCAUUUCCACUGUAAGAACGAACCCAGGUCGCUCAGCGGCCGGUAUCGAGCCUCUCCCGUAGCCAUCUAUCGCCUCUCAACCUGGUAACUUUAGCUAAUGUUUCUUCUUCUCUUUUGUAGUCUUUUCUUUCUAUUUGGUUUCAUAUCCACUGUAAGAACGAAAGAGCUGCUGAAUAAAUUGUAGGGGUGGUGAUGGUUUCUAGCACUAAUUCCGGGCAAUUUGAGGAUCCCUUUCUGUAUCUCGGCUCGACAACCAAUUUCCAGUUGAAUACACACUACUGGGAAUGCCGGGCUUAUAUCAUCCUUUCUCCUCCUAUUUAUGUUGGUAUUUUCUUUGUCUCCCUUAAUUUUAGUCAAUAGAUUUUCUUUUAUUUGGUCAUAUAUUUUUUUACUAAGGGAUUACUUUUCUGUAUUAUGUCUUUUCUUUAAUAAGCAAGUUUGACCAGAAAUUCGCUGAUAGUUAAUGCCAUUUCUGAUUGAUGGGAACCUUUACGGGUUUGGUUUUGAUAUCAUCUCUUCCAUUACUCUUCGAUUACUUUUAGCUUUUUUUUUUCAGGUUGUUUUUAAUAAACAAUUUUGAAGAAGUAUUGUAUGGGUUUACUUCAUCCCAUGUGAGCAGCUCAAGGAAACCAAAAUUGUUUUUGAUUCACAGUGAGGCCUAAUAUCAGUGGCCAUAGCACCUGUUGAAGCUCGGACUACUGGUAACAUGGUCCUCAGACCUGUUGCUCAGAUUCACACACUAGAUAUGGACCCUGUUAAUUUAGCAGCCCCUAUUGAUGGCACGAACUCUGCCCCUGUAAUGUUUGAGCUCACAGUAUGCGCAAUGGGAACCCAAACACUGGUUUCCAUCCAUACUCGUGAUAAAAUGGAUGCCUUUGAUCCUAAAGUUGAGGUUGAUACAGUUUCAAAUGUGAGUACUUCUGGCAACACUGCCGGUGAUGGAAUAGUUGUACCUGUUGAUGGCCCAAUCUCUGUCCCGCUUACUGACUUCACAUUUCAACCCCGACGACCACCUGUGACAAAGAGGUAACCUAGGGAAUUGUUCUAUUUUGUGAGGCCCUCAAACUGGAAAUGAUGAGCAUUUCUCUGAUCCGUUGAACUCAUAUACUACACGUGCCCCAAAACUGUCCAGUGAUGAAAUCCAUUCUGAGGACGGUCAAAUUGUAACUUUUCCUGUUUUAGCUCCUGCACUCGUGAAACUGAGGAUAGAGUGGGGCAACUCUGAAACUGAAAGAGCUCAGAAUAUUAUACAAAUUCAUGAACUUCAGAAGCAUAAUUGAGAGAAAGAACGUCUGUGCAUGGAAUUGCAGGAACAGAACAUAAUUGCCAAGGAGACCAUUUUUGAAAGCAGCCUUAAACUACUCGUCCGCUGUCAUCUCCUGGAAAUCUACAGGUUUGCUUAAGCAAACCAUAUCAACUUGUAUUGAACGAACUGAACUGGGGCUCCACUUUGACAAGGAAUCAAGGGUGAGAAUAUGCCCGGAGCUUGCGGCUGAAGAUGGGUACAACGUUAGAACAAUUGAGCACCCGCUUUCUGCUCUAGAGGCAUGUGGAGUAGACAAUUGUCGAAUUGAAGUGGAAACUAAGUCUCUAAUGAUCGAUCUGUUGAGCAUUCAUGGCGAGGAAAGGGCCCAAAAUGCUUUAGUUUUAGUCGCACUUGAGUUUUGUUUUGAGCCUAAUGGAAGUACCUAUCCUAGAAAUUUGCUAAAGUUUUGAGAAUCUUGAGGAGUUAUCUAGCAGAUAAUGGCAUGCCUUGACAUUUGAACCUGGUAUGCCGUGCUUUUAUCAUCUAUAGGGAAUUUUUGAUGUAUUCAU